UUGACGUCUUACACAGUGAUUGGCAAGAAGAUAUCCGAUUCGUCAAUCUUCAACAAGGAGCCAAUAUCUAUGAGUGAGCUGAUUCGUUGCUACGUGGUAGUCGCACCUGAAAAUACGUUUGGACUUCGGGUUAAUACACUAGCCUCCUUCUGCUUGGGGAAUCAGCAGAUCCAUAGAAUAUUUCAGAGCUUAACAGAUCUUCCUAUAGAAGCACUUGUUGCACAAAACAGCGAAAUCAAGUCAAAUCAAGUUACUUCAACGACGGUCGGUGAUCAGGCAGUUAUAAUGGAAAAGACAUCUAUCACAUCUACAAUCGUUGGAGCAAACUGCGUCGUCAACCCGAAAGUGCGAAUUUCAAACAGUAUUCUGAUGGAUAAUGUCAUUGUUGGUGAAAAUGUGACAAUAGAAAACUGCAUUAUAUGUGAAAAAUCAGACAUCAAAAGUGGUUCGAUUCUGCGGAACUGUCUAAUUGGAUCAAAUUAUGUUGUAUCAGUUAAUUCGAAAAAAGAAAACCAACAUUUGUCCCAUUCGGAAGGUUUUAUGGAGAUAUAGAAUACGAGUUUCAAAUGAAUAAAACAUUUUUAUUUUGAA